AUGAGGUCAAACUCGGUGUCGCAUUCCAACACUAAGAAUUGCAACAAUAACAGUAAUAAGAGCAAAGCAGCAGGAGUAAACGACGCAAGUUUCGACCAUACUUUUAAUCCGGUGUUUUUCGAAAGAUGUUUUAGUCAGAUUGAAACAACUCCGUCAGAGCGCAAAUGUUCGUCCAAAGUGAUUACCGAAUCUGACGAGAAGCAAAUACACCCUAUCGGUUUGGAAUCUAUUGAACGCGACAGUGGUUCAUUACAACUCUCAAAUACAAUAUUUUAUGGUUCCGGUACUAAGCUAGAGGGUGACAGCAAUAGCGGAAUCAUGGAUAUGGAUCGUCUUUUGCAGAGAACAAUGAUUUUAUCAACGGAUGCCGAUUUCACAGCAAAUAGGAUUUUGCAACGUGUCCCGAUGAAUUUAAUGAACGGGUCUACCCAAGAACUAGCGUCAACUAGCACAACCGAAGAUAUGCCCGGAUCUUCGUCAUCUGCAUCAGUAUUCCCAGCCACCACACUAACGGCUCGCAACAGUUCUAAAACAUUAAAAUGUCCGAAAUGCAACUGGCAUUACAAAUACCAAGAAACACUGGAGAUUCAUAUGAAGGAAAAGCAUGCGGGUCAUGAGGUAAAGUGCAUUUUCUGCUUGCAUAAUCGACCGCAUCCUCGAUUAGCCCGUGGUGAAAGCUAUUCAUGCGGCUACAAACCAUAUCGUUGUGAAAUAUGCAAGUAUAGUACUACAACAAAGGGUAAUUUGAGCAUACACAUGCAAAGUGAUAAGCACUUACACGCGGUGCAGGAAAUACCACCAGUCACAGGUAAUGCGAUUGCAAUUUCAAGCGGUGAUCUGAAUGCAAAAAAUUUACUUCAAUGCAUGAUUUGUUCCACAUAUUCAACUGAUAAUAUUUCCAAAAUGAUCGAGCAUAUUGAGAAAGACCGAAGUCAUCCAGUGAUUGGAGAUAUCUCAGUGAUACAAGGUGUUUAUCACUGUAACCUGUGUCCGUAUAGUACCAGCCUGAAAGCAAAUUUCCAGUUACAUACAAGAACCGACAAACAUGUGCAGCGAACACAGAUGAUGAAUCAUAUGCGUGAGGGUGGCACCGCUGGAAUAUCAUUAUCAGCGUCAGCAGCACUGUGUCGAAUUAGUUCCGCUAAAAGUGCUGUACAAGUUCGUUGUCGCGCAUGUCAAGAAAUCUUAUCAUGUCCAUUGGCACUACGUGAACAUUGUGAGAGCCGAGCACACUCUGUCCGAAUAGCGCAGCUUGCAUCGAUGUCCACUGAAACUGGAUGCGCCCCGGAUGGUAGUUCUGCACCAAUGGCUGCGAUAUCGAUGUCACCCAGUCCAGAAACUGUUCUUGAGUGUCGACAUUGUUCUUUUGAGACAACUAAUGCUGCAGGUGCUAUCAAACAUAUGCAGCAACACCCACCAAAUGUGGAAAAUACUGGAACAGAACAAGAAGGUUUAAAUCUGGAGACUAGUUGCGGAGAACUAGACGAGGAUGAAAUUAAGAACUGCGCAGCAGAAAAUUUUAAUAUGAAUGAAGCCGCAUAUUGCUGUUCGCAUUGCAACUUUAUUACCAAAACGAAAACAGAAUUUAGCGAGCACAGAAAAGUGGUACAUUCAACAAAGACCGAUGGUGAGCCAGCGAUGGCUGAACUGUGUCCUCUCUGUCCAUGUAAAUGUAUUGAAUUGCGUACACACCUUGCUGAGGAGCAUAAAAUAGCGGAAGAAGCAAUUGAGCGGCUGCUUUUGAAUACCGCGUCAUCAAGUCUGCUCAACGAUUCAGCAUCUGAUAAGAGUUUGAAAAAGAAAACGGAUCGGCAAAUUUACCGUUACCAUUGCUCACAGUGCUCGUUGGCAUUUCGUACCGAACAACGUCUUGCCAGUCACGCUUUGCACCACACAUUCCGGUCUAGUAGCCGUUGUACCAAAUGUGAUCAAAGCUUCCGCUCUCAUGAACUACUGAAAAGACACAAUGCUCAGGAACACACCAAUGGUAAAACUUAUAAUUCACCGACCACAAGCUUGUGUCAUUCCCAGUUAGUGGAAGCAGCAAUCGAUGAUAAAACGGAGACUGAUCAAGUUAAUCCACUAAGACCUUUCAAGUGUGAACUAUGCAAGGAGAAUUUUGAACAAAAGCAUCAACUGUUGAUGCAUUAUAACUCAGUAACACAUCUUCAUAAAGCUAAAAAAAUGCUCGAGGAACAGUCGAAUAGCUUUCAACCUAGUGCACAGAUUUUGGCAGCACUACAAGCGUCAACAAGUUCUCAAUCGUCACAUGGAAGCUCAAAACCAUUCAAAUGUAAUCUAUGCAAAUUGGGUUAUGGACUUGGUUCUACUUUAGAUAUACAUAUAAGAUCUGUUGCACAUCAGUCGCGCUUAACGAAAAUAGCUGAGCUCCUAGCACAAGGUGAAAUUGAUGGCUGCAAAUCGAUCAUAGAACAACCAGGCGGGCCAACACAAACAGCAUUAGCUGAAUUAGCUACCAAACAUGAUUCUACCACUGAUCCAGUGCAGAAUGGGUUGGAGCAACAGCAACAGCAGCAGCAGUCAACCUUGGCGAUGAUCAACAUGCUGAAUAUGGCGCAACUUUUGUCGAUAGCAUCCGCUGGUCAAGCCGCCCUGCCGAAUGAUAUUCCAGCAGCGACGACUUCGCAAGCUCAUUCAGCAUUAGCGACCAUAGCCGCUGGAUUUCCGCCUAUUAUCACCCCAUUUGGAACUUUGAAACAAUUACCAGCUUCAAUCGACGGUGCUACUGCCGAUUUUGCCACAAAAACAACUAGUGAACAAUCCAUCAUAUCCAUCGAUGAUGAGCGAACUCCUCGUACCGGCUCUGCUUUUCGCAAGAUGCUUGAAACCUAUGGUUUCGAUGUAGUGAUGCAGUAUAAUGAAGAUCUAGAGCAGCCGCGGCGCAAAUUGGACACAUUGCCGGAUGAAACAAUUCCGGAUUUAAAUCGCGCUGAAUGCACAAAGUGCAACAAAAUGUUUAGCAGUAUCUGGGUACUUAAGGCUCAUUAUGAAGAGAUGCAUGAAAAUACCGUACCGGUGACAGAGAUUGAGAAAUUUGCCAAACGAUUGCAUGAAGCGUUGGAUGAGAGCGAAGAAAAGGAGAACGACGAGAGUGAUUUGAGCGUUGAGCAGCAGAAUACCGUGGUACCUAUCACGACACCAGUAGUUGCAGUAUCUGGGACUAAAAAAAGAACUCUGGGAAGGGAUGAACUACCACUGAGCAGUAGUCAUGACGCUGAAUUAAACACCGACCAUGGAUAUUUAUUCAGUCAAGCUACAACGGCUUCAGCGACAGCUGACGAUGAUAAGUACAUACUCGAAACGAAGAAGUUGAAAGAGGACACGCGAUCUAGUUCAGCCGGUGCUACACCUCGGCCGUCGACAUCCAAGGAUUCAUCAGAUUUGAACAGUCAGUUGGCGAUGAUGAGUAUGCUCGGAUUUCCAUUUAUACCAAAUCCUUUCAUGCCGCUGAUGCCGCCUGAUUUUUUUACAAAUCCACUUUUUUCCGUAUCACCGAGUGCCGCUACAACUGCAUCGCAUGCGUUCCCUAAUGCAUCACCAGCUAAAAGAGCUCGGACGCGGAUUACCGAUGACCAACUGAAAAUUUUGCGGCAGUAUUUUGACAUCAAUAAUUCACCUAGUGAACAACAAAUCAAGGAAAUGUCUCUAAAGGCGCAACUUCCAGAAAAAGUUAUAAAACACUGGUUUCGCAAUACAUUAUUCAAGGAACGACAGCGUGACAAAGAUUCUCCGUAUAAUUUCAACAUUCCGCCACAAAUGAGCAUUGAUUUGGACACUUACGAAAAAACCGGCGAAACAAAAAUAACUACUCUUAAAAUUGAGACAGAAGAAGAAUCGAAACCACAAUUGUUGCAAACAUCCGAGAAUCCGGUAAAUAUAAGUGGUGUAGGAGGUGUAGGAAAUGCAAUAUCUUCUACAAAUGUUCAAACCGCUCAAAUUCAUUCAUCGUCAGCAGCAUGCAAUAAUCCCUUCGCCACUUUCUUGCAUGAUGACAAAAACAUUUCGUCUAUAUUAUCAAAUUUACCAUCUGCGAAUUCGGUAACUGGGCGUCGUGCCAAUCGAACUCGUUUUACGGAUUACCAGUUGCGGACAUUACAGCAGUUUUUUGAUAAGCAAGCUUAUCCGAAAGAUGAUGACUUGGAAGUUUUGUCGAAAAAACUUCAGCUUAGUCCACGAGUUAUUGUUGUUUGGUUCCAGAAUGCUCGACAGAAGGCUCGGAAAAUAUACGAAAAUCAACCAACGUCAAGCAAUGACGAUCGUUUUAUGAAAACACCAGGAAGUAAUUUUCAGUGUAAACGAUGUCAGUUAGUAUUUCAGCGAUAUUAUGAACUGAUACAACAUCAGCAGAAAUUGUGCUACAAGGAUGAUUGCGUGGCGCAACAAAAAGACAAUAAAGGAAUUACGUUGGAAUGUUUGUCUUUAUUACUGCAGGCCGUUGAAGAGAAUUUAAGUGAAGAUGAGAAGACCAACCUGGAAAAUCUACGUGAAGCGCGGUUGAGUACCACAUCAGUUGCAACAACUAGUCAUGCAACUACUUUAGGUGGAGCAUUAGCUCAGCUUAUCGGUACUACAUCAUCGGCAACUGCUGUUGAUAGCAGUCAAACAGAAUUUUUGAAAAUUCAAGCACCAACCAAGCCGCAGGAUCCAUCCAUGAAGCUAAAGGUAAGGGAUAAGCAAAAAGCGAUAUUCCAUAAGCGCUGUCCUUUCUGUUGCUUAUUAUUCCACUCGCGAGAUUCACUUAUUGUCCAUAUUACGAAUCGUCAUCCAGAGCAAGCUAACAGUACAUCAAUUGAUGUCGACUUAUUACCGGAUGCUGAAGAUGUACCAACAAUCACAGCGUUGGCAAAUGAUGACUUACUGGGAGACGUGUCAAGAACAAAUGGUUCUUCGAAAAAGUCGGAACUUUCACCACUCGACCUCAGUUGUACCACAAAUGGAGAUGGACGGGAAGAUUCAGUAUCGAUAUCUCCUUCAUUUGUGCAUUCGGAUAACGACGAUAAUAACAGUGAUAAUAUGGAUAUCAGCGAACGCUAUAACAGUGCAUCACCAAGUGCGACUGGAGUUGGCUGUUUUGGGGCUCAAAGAAGUCCUGCUAGCUCCAAGCGAUACCGAACUCAUUUGACACCAUUGCAAGUUCAUGUGAUGAAAAGCAUAUUCAUGAGCUAUAAAACUCCAUCAAUGAAUGAAUGUGAUUUGUUGGGAGCCGAAAUUGGUCUUCAUAAGCGAGUUGUACAAGUAUGGUUUCAAAAUGCUCGAGCAAAAGAACGAAAAUCGCGAUCACAGAGUGGUGAUGAAGAAUUACUUCGCUGCGCAUCGACGCGCUGUGCAAUGUGUGGUGUUAGCUACGAUCAUCGUAUUUCCUUGCAUGAUCACAUAUUUAGCACUGACCACAUUAAUCGUGUCAAGAAACUUCUCCAGACAGAUAAUGUCCAAGCAGAGGGAACAAUCGAUUUGAACGCUUCACUAGAAACGAUUGAUAAAGAAGACAUCCAGCGAACAAGAAUGAAAGCUAUACGAGAUCGACGAACAAUGAAACAACCUGGUGUAUCGACUUCAAGCCCUGGCAGUAAUGCAAUGCCGCCUUUCCCUUACAAUUUCUUAUAUAGUAUUCGAUCGGGCUUGGCGCCAAUAAUGUAUGAUCCAAAUCUAAUGGGUACACCGAUACCGAUGCUCCAAAUUCCUGAAAGCGUUAUGGCGCAGAUUACGACAGAUAUGAGUUCCGGUCGUGAAUCAUCGAAAUUUACACAAGAUGGCAAAACUUUUCAACAACUGGUUGCUAUACUUCCAUUACGUGAUUUUCAAUGUGCUGGCAGUACUGAUAGUGAGGUUGGCUGGGCAUGUCCUCAAUGUACUAAUGUGUUUCAACAGGAACAGCUGUUGAAAAAUCAUCAGCGACUGAUAUGUCAAGGUUGUGAUUCAGUGUUUAAAUUGGUGCAAACCCAUUACCAGUGUCGAGCUUGUAAUGCAAAAUUUGGUGCACAGACCGAAUUUCGAGUUCACUGUGAUACACUGGAACAUCAGGCUGCACGUGAAGUAUUUCUCGGUAGAACAGCUUAA